GGACGCCAGGAAGAGGAGAGUGUGCGCCUUGCUCUGAAUGAAACUGAACGGCAAACUUCAUUCAUUCAUUCAUUCAGUUAUUGAACUUUGGACGAAAAUUGACUGUAUUCUCUGAGUAUAACACGUUAUUUUGCUCUUUCAGGGGUGCGUGUGCAUGUUUGUCACUUUGGUGAUAGUCUUUUGCUUGAAAGUGUGUGCACGUGCAGCUGGAGCCAAGUGUGUGCGUAUGUGUUUGAGCAUCCUCACUGUGUCAUGUCGGUAUCAGUAAUCAUUAAGUGGGGGGGCCAGGAGUACUCCAUCAGUUCUCUGUCUGAGGAGGACACAAUUAUGGACCUCAAACAGUCAAUUAAGACCUUGACUGGGGUGCUGCCAGAGAGACAGAAACUACUGGGACUCAAAGUGAAAGGUAAACCUGCAGAGGAUGAGGUGAAGCUGGGCUCUCUGAAGCUGAAGCCAAACACUAAGAUCAUGAUGAUGGGUACCAGAGAGGAGAGCUUGGAAGAUGUUUUAGCUCCUCCACCAGAGAACGAUGAUGUGGUCAAUGAUUUUGACAUCGAGGAAGAGGUCAUUGAAGUGGAGAACAGAGAGGAGAACUUGGCUAAAAUUGCUCGCAGAGUAAAAGACUAUAAGGUGGAGGAGCUGAACCCUCCCAGAGAAGGCAAGAGGCUUCUGGUACUGGAUGUCGAUUAUACACUGUUUGAUCAUAAGUCAUGUGCAGAAACAGGUCAGGAGCUAAUGAGACCAUAUCUUCACGAGUUUCUGACAUCAGCCUACGAGGACUUUGACAUUGUCAUCUGGUCUGCAACAAGUAUGAAAUGGAUUGAUGCUAAAAUGAAAGAGCUUGGAGUGACAGACAACCCUCACUACAAGAUUACCUUCAUGCUGGACAGUGCAGCUAUGAUCACGGUACACACCCCAAAGAGAGGGGUUGUGGAGGUGAAGCCUCUGGGUGUGAUAUGGGGGAAGUACGGAGAAUUUUACAGCAGGAAGAACACCAUCAUGUUUGACGACAUUGGACGAAACUUCCUCAUGAAUCCACAGAACGGACUAAAGAUCCGACCCUUCAUGAAGGCCCACAUGAACAGGGAGAAGGACAGAGAGCUGUACAAACUGGCUCAGUACCUCAAAGAAAUCGCCAAGCUUGAGGAUUUCAGUGGACUCAACCACAAACACUGGGAGAGGUACCUAUCUAAGAGGCAGCACCACUGAAGAUGGACUGCAUCAUCUGUUAUGACUUGAAGUCUCUUCCCAGUAUCAAGUCCUCACACACACCCACACCAACUAUUUGCUACUACAAGACCGUCAUUUCAGCCCGUACGCCAGAUCCCACACUAACCAACACUCCUAAGCUCAGGACUGAGAUGGGCUUCCCAUUUUCUAUAUUUGCAUGCUAUUUGUCUUUCCCAAGUCAUGCACAUUUUGUUCCUAAUAUCAUUUGCGUUUUUU